UUGCAGCGACGGUUGAUCGGGGAGCAAACCUCUAAUUUGACCGUCUGGGUUUAUUUAAUUACAAAGAAUUUGAUUUCACAGUUGAAAACACGAGCUCCAAGGCAACUUUAUACGGAGUCAGGUAAACCUCAUUCCGACUCGUUUAAAUUGGCCCACUUCCCGUUUGCAUUAUAUUCCAAGCGCUUCGCUACUGGGAAGGUGUUUCCCGUUAGAACUGUUCGCAAGACUGGAUUUGCUGAAAUAGUCUCUGGUUAGAGCACCAAGAAAAAUACUCAUUUGCUAGCAAAAGGAAGAGGAGGCCAAAUUCUAAUACACAGAGAUCGGUCGAACGCUUUUGGUCAAUUUUACAAGAGUUUCACUAGAGAUCCACACCGGAAGACAAAACUUCUACUGAACAAACAUGGCUGUGGAGAAGUUACAAGCGCAAAGCAAAAAAGGAGUAAAUAGAAAGAAAAAACGGCGCAGAAAACCGCGACUUACUGGUCUAAGCAAGCAGAGACAGACAGCGAAUGCUCGAGAACGUUCGCGGAUGAGGAGUAUUAGUGCUGCCAUGUUAGAACUAAGGUAUCACCUACCUUCGUCCUUCGCUCCUAAAGAGAAAAAACUGUCCAAAAUACAAACACUACGCUAUGCAAUCCGUUACAUUGGAGACCUGUUUGAAGUGCUUCAGAAAGGCCAGGAGUCGGAUAGUGAAACGAGUUCUGCCGAGAGUGAAUCGAACAGCCAAAGAGAAAGUCUGUUCAAAGCUGGCACCUGUGAGAAACGACGACAGCGUUUCAAGGUUGAACGAGAUAAUCCUUCGUGUAUGUAUUUCAAAGAAGCCCUGUCUAAAUCCUAUCUGUAAAAUGGAUGAAUUUAUAGAGGAGACAUUUGUAAGGUUUAUGAAAUUAAUCAUUUCACUGGAUACAAAAUAAGUAUUUACGUCAUGAUCAUGAUGGCCUUUUAAUCGCACGGAAUAUGGAGGUCGUUAUCAGAGUUAAUCGCUCUCACUUCAACUAAUCUUCACUUAAAAUGUCCUUGACUUUUAAUCAGAUCUUAACCGUACUUCGUUCAGCGAACUAAAGUAAAGAAUCAAGCUUAACUUUGACGCAAAGGUUGAAGACUUUCUUAAGCACAGUAAACGAAAACCUCGUAUCAACAUUGCAAUCCAGUUACUUUCCUGAUGAAAAUCGAGGAGAAUCAAAUAGUGCUGAUUUAAUUAGUAAUUGAUCUUUUCGAAUUGGAAAGAUCUUCAAAGUUGAAUGAGUUCGAAUGAGAUGUCAACACUUCACAUUCAACAGGAAAUUACGUUUUUUUUAGUGCACACUCUUCGAGACGCUUGAAGUGUCGUGUCGAGAACUACAAAAUUUUUUCGACGUUUAUCCCGGCUUACAUUAACAAGUUCUCAAAAUCUGAUACGCGCGAAAGAGCAACAUUCUUUGAUAUUCUUACAUCAGUUACAUUGUGGUUCAAUAAAAUAAAGCAAAACUUUGUUGAAA